GUGAGAGAGCGAUCAGAGAGAGAAAUCAAAUAUGAGUAGCAGAGAGAAAAGAUGGUCUCUUGAGGGAUUGACUGCUCUUGUUACUGGUGGAACCAAAGGGAUUGGGUACGCUAUAGUGGAAGAAUUGGCAGGGCUAGGUGCAACUAUUCAUACUUGUGCUCGGAAUGAAGUUGACCUCAACGACUGCUUGAGUCAAUGGGGUAAGAAGGGUUUCAAGGUCACUGGUUCAGUCUGUGAUGUGGUGUCAAAAACCCAAAGAGAGGAGCUUAUAAACAAAGUCUCAUCAUUGUUUGAUGGAAAACUUAACAUCCUUAUAAACAAUGUGGGAACUAACAUACCAAAACCGACAACGGAGUACACAGCUGAAGAUUACACAUUUCUUAUGAGUACCAAUCUUGAAUCUGCUUAUCACUUGUGCCAACUUGCACAUCCUUUGCUCAAAGCUUCAGGAGCCGGUAACAUUGUUUUUCUGUCUUCUGUUGCUGGUGUGGUUUCACUGGAGAUUGGAACUAUAUAUUCUGCCACUAAAGGAGCAAUGAAUCAAUUAGCCAAAAACUUGGCAUGUGAGUGGGCAAAAGAUAACAUAAGGACUAAUAGCGUUGCACCUUGGUUCAUCAAAACUCUCCUCGGUGAUCAUUUUCUCGGCCACGAAAAAACUUUGAAGAUCAUCAACUCUCGAACACCGUUAGGACGCCCUGGAGAGCCAGAAGAGGUGUCAGCCUUGGUAGCAUUUCUAUGCCUCCCGGCAGCCUCUUACAUAACUGGCCAAACUAUUUGCGUCGACGGAGGGGUGACUGUGAAUGGCGCCCUCUUCCAAGGAGCAUGACUUGGAAAUGGUUCUCUUUAUGUAUACAUAUCUACUAGUAGGCAGACACUUGAGGUCAGAUAAAAACCAAACUGAUCCAUCUAAUAAAAUAAAGUAUCAUGUACAUUUGCUAGGCCAGCUCAAACGGACAUAACGUUUUGGUAUGUAUUUAAAUUCUCGGCUGUGAUUUUGAUGACGAACUUGUCUAAACAUCAUCACCUUAAUGUUUGAUUGAUUCCUUGGGGUCUUGGCCGACCUUGGGUAUGUAUAGUGUUAUUUAUAUAGAGAUAUUAUGAGCAAGUCCGCAUAAAGAUUUCAUAUUUCAUAUUUCUGUAAUUCUUCUAGAAUUUUUAGAGUAGCCAAGCAAAGUAGUAUUUCAAGA